AUGGCGGCGGCAGCAGCGGCGGCGGCGGCAGCAGCAGCGGCAGCGGCAGCAGAAGCGGCGGGGCGGCAGCAGCAGCGGCGUCGGCAGCAGCAGCAGCAGCAGCGACAGGAGCAGCAGCGGCGGCAGCGGCAGCGGCGGCAGCGACGGCGGCGGAAGCGGAUUCUUGAUGCAAACAAUUUCACUGGAGGGUUCCUUCUGACUCUCACUAAUCUCGCUGAACGAAGGAUUAGUAGCGACAACUUCACAAGAAAGAUACCUGCGUUUGGCAAUUGGCGAUACCUAUUAUUUGAAAUGUCACAAUUAGGAAUGGAAGUAGUUUUAAAUCCCAGUGAGAUGUUCUUAAGUGAGGAGUAUUCAGGCUCAUAUGUUUUAGCGGUGGUUGUUGCAGUUACUAUGGAUGGAUCUCAAAGUUUUCUUGUAGAGAUUCAGUUUAUUUUAAUAUUGAUUAUGCUCAUGUUGCCAUUUACGGACCAAAAGCAAACCGUUGAAGCAAACCACGACCACAUCCCUGCUGAAGCCUCCCUCACGCAGCUAAAGCACACCAUGACCACACCCGUGUUGAAGUUGUUGGGUCUCUCGUCCCUCCCCCUCUGUUUAUCUCUCCUGCUGGCUAUGAGCAAGAACAGAAGACCUCUGUAUCUCUGUGAGAGAUUGAGCGUAAUUUUCUCAGAGCUUGUGUUUGUGAGAACUAGUUUUGUCAGAGAGAAAGGUGUUGAAAAACUCAAUCUUCGAGUUGUAAUUUUUGAGUAUGUACUAUUGCUUUGUGUGACUGGAACCAAGUAA